AUGUCCACGCCUCCCAACGACGCACAGGACGACGCUGUGGAUAAGCAGUCACCGGUGGACGAGCUCGCAGAACCCAACCAUACCGCAGACGAUGCCGAGGCAGGCACCUCAACCGCCGCGCCGGUGAAGCGCGGUCGCGGUCGCCCAAAGGGCAGCAAGAACAAGAAAGCAGGAACGUCUUCUGCUGCGGACAGUCCUACCACACCGACUGUCCCGCGAAAGCGCGGUCGUCCUCCGAAGGAGAAGAAGGAGGAGCCAGAGGGAGAACCGACUCCCAAGAGGCCGAGGGGUCGACCUCCCAAAAACCCUAAACCCGCUCCUCCGGCCGAAGGCGCGGCGACAACAACUGAGGGGGGUGAGGCGCCGAAGAAGAAACGAGGACGCCCGCCAAAAAAGACGACGACAUAA